AUGAUGAUAAAUGGUAUUAAUGUCACCACGCAUGAUGAAGCUCAAAUGGAAUGUUCGAACUCAGGAGCAAUUUUGGUUACAAUCGUCAAUCGUAAUUUCAAUUUCGAACACCCAUUCUGGAUUGGUCUUUCCUUUGAUGGCAGACAAUGGAAAUGGCAAGAUGGCACAAAGUUAAGGUAUAAUAGAUGGAGAAAACAUGAACCAAAUUAUAGACAUUCCUGUGUUCUUGCGGAUGUCAAAAGCAAUGCGAUGUCCUGGUUCACAGCAGACUGUCAUACACGGGUUCCAAAUAUUCAAACUAUUGAUUAUGUGUGCCAACAAUGA